UAAAAAAACUGCUCCAACAAUCCCCCAAAAACAAAGGGAAAAAAAAAAAAAAAAAUCUUCCCCUCAACCUCCACACAAUCUUCCAUUCUUAGCUCUUCUUUUUCUUCCUUCUUCCUCCUCUUAUGCAUUUCCUUCAUCACCAUUUUACCCUAAUCUUCGUCCUUUGAUUUUUAAUUUCCCUCCUUAUAUAGAAAUAUUGAAAUUGAAUAAGGGGCAGAGGGGAGAAUUAAUUAUGGGUUGCGGUUCGUUGUCUUCUAGGAUCUUGUUUGGAUCACUUGUGGUACCGGCUAUUAUUUUCCUUUUUUUGGUGGGAACGUUGCAGCAAACUGAUGGAAGGAAAACCAAGAUGACAUUGACGACGACUACCAUGAACUGGUCGGGAAAAGCAGAGCGUGGGAUGGCGCCCACGGGCUGGGAGAAGGCUCUUGUUCAUCCUCAGUUAGAAAUUAACUACUUGAGCAAACGAAAAGUUCCUGGUGGACCUGAUCCUAUUCAUAACAGGAACGCGGGCAACUCCAAACAACCACCUGGAACUCAUUAAUUAUCAUUAAUCAUCAAAUUAGCUUGAGGAAUGCUUGAUCUGCACCCAAAUUGCAAGAGAUGAAACAAGGUGUCUACCAUAUUUCUGUAUGUAGUUUUUUGAAAAAUGGGGACUUAUAAGUAUUAUAUAAUACUUGGGAGCAGCUGCUUACUCUCCGUUUACUUUCACCAAUUAUUGUUGGAGAUUCUGGGGGAAGUUUUAAAAGGAGACAGAAGCUUAUCUGGAACAAAAUAUAUGCCUCAAAAGCAUAUAUAUAGCUGGCUAAUGAAAGAUGAUUAAGCAGCCUUUUGUAAAAACCCCACUCUAAAUACUGUUUCAUUUCAUUUCUUUUUUUUUUUUUUUAAAUAUUUUUAAAUCGUGAGAGAGAAAGAUCAAUUAAAUGUAAGAGAUGGAGAAUAUUGACAACAGUAGAUAGCUAGGUUGUAGCCAUGGGUGUAUUGUAUUUAAUCUCUAUCUCCCAUUUAAUCAUGUUUGGCCUUGUUUGUUUGGACUAACCAAAGUGUUGUGUGUCGUGUGUGUGAAGUUACCAUGUGGCAGUAAUAAAGUAAUUAUUGUAGU